AUGUAGUAAUAUUAUAAUAAGUAGAUAAAAAUACAUUAUCUUUUAGUAUAGCAUGUCAUCGUAAUAUUUCAGAAUUUCAGACAUCUAAAUAAAUAUAAAUACGUUUAUAAUUAUCAAUCAUGGAAGGAGGACCGGCCCCCAAUUCUUAUACCAUACCUACGACUAUAGGUUUCGCCAGACACACUCUGACUAAAUGUCGUCUUCCGUCAAUAACGAUCGGACGGAAACGUGCCAAUAGUCCUGGCUAUGGCCACGGACUGUUGUACAAUCUCAGAGACCAGACACGUUUUGGAAGACUCUAUCGGCCCGACUUCGGGCUAGGUACUAGGAGACCGUUGCCUCAAGAACAUUUGCCAGCGCCGAAUACUUAUUAUCCGAAAAUGGACUCGGUACGACCCAAAGCGCCGAAAGCAUCGUUCAAAAGUCGCACGUUGCAAUUUGGUCGUAUCGACGAUUGUUACCCGAGUCCAAACACGUAUACGCUGCCUUUGUCGGAUGUGUAUCGGCGAUCGAAAAAAUCGGCUUGUGUCAAAAUAACCGAACCGCGCUUCAAAGUGGUAUCCGAGGCUGUACCAGCACCCAAUACCUAUUCGUUACCUUCGACCGGCAUUUAUAAGUACGGACAGACGGUGCACUCGACUAUACUACUCAAGCGCCCUGAGAACAUUGAAAGUCUAGCGCCGCCUCCAAACAGGUACUACUUGCCCAAAACUAAAGGUCCAGCUAAGACAUUCGGACGAAAAGACAGUCAUAAGCGAUCCGUUUACCUGACCGUCGAUGACCUCUGGGAAUGAUGUAAAAUAAUAUUAUAGUCAAAAAAUUUCGAUGUUUACCAUUAAUAAAAAACGAAUUCAUUGGUUUA